CGGCUCGACCGUCUGUUUAACGCCCUGUGAAAGGCACUAAGUCACAAUUGCCCUUAAAUCAAACGCACCUAUUUGUGGGUCGGAAAUGACGUAGCUGAUCCCUCCCAGUGAGGAGGAGACUGCAGGAUCGCAUAGGGUGUCAAACGUCGGUGGACGUCACCGCUAUAAAUGCAGAAAAAGGUGCUCCGAGGAGCUACAAGAGCAGUUCUUCAGAGUGAUACCUCUACUGAGAAAUGCAAAGCCCUCCCAAGCCUCAGUUUGCCAGCUGGCUCAUAGAGCAGGUCGGGACGGGCCAGUAUACCGGCCUGUGCUAUGUGGAGGAAAACAAGUUCAGAGUCCCCUGGAAGCACAACUCCAGGAAGGACUGCAAUGAUGAGGACAGCAAAAUAUUCCGGGCAUGGGCAGUAGCAAGUGGAAAAAUCAACGAGUUCCCGAACGACAAGGCAAAGUGGAAAACCAACUUCCGAUGUGCUCUGAACAACCUCUCUGCGCGCUUUAAGAAGAUAAAGGAUAACUCCAAGAAUUCUGAAGAUCCUCAUAAAAUCUAUGAGAUUAUUAACACUGGAUACAACUAUGAAAAUCUGAUACCACAAAACUCCCAGGAGGAUUUUGAUAUGAUUCCAGAGAUUGAGAGCUCUCCCAUUGAGUACUUCCCCUCAGGAAAUGAGCUGCUUAACAAUUUCAUGGCCUUGGAUAUUGGCAACCAGCCCUCAGAGGAGCAAUGGGUAGAGGACUAUGCUCUGCAGAAUGCAGCUGUCCCUGUAAGCUAUCCUGUAGCAGCUGAGAACCACCAGCAGCUUUUACUAGAUCAGGCUCCAUACUGCGAGGUAAUUCUUCCACAAGUGGCUAUGCAGCCUCCGCAGCCAAGUAUACAUGACCUGGAGAUCUCCAUCCACUACAGGAAAAGAGAAAUGCUUAAGACCACGUUGACCACUGACCUUCUCCAGCUCCACUACCAACACGAGGCCCCUGGACCAAAUGGCCACCAUCUCUGCUUCCCCCCAACUAAUGAUCUGCUGGACCGCAAACAGAUUGAAUACACCAACCGCAUCCUUAACAGCAUCCAGAAGGGUCUAUUUCUGGAGGUUCAAAGCACCGGUAUUUACGCCUGGAGGCAGGACAGGUGCCAUGUGUUUGCCAGCACUAGUGAUCCCACUGUGGCUCAUCCAGACCCAAGAAAGCUGCCCCAGAAAACCAGGGUGGAGCUCCUCAACUUUGAGAAGUAUGUAAAUGAACUGAAGCAGUUUAAAGACAACAAUGGUGGCUCUCCGGAGUACACCAUCAACAUGUGCUUUGGAGAGAGGUUUCCUGAUGGGAAACCUUUGGAGAAGAAGCUCAUCGUAGUCAAGGUGGUUCCUCUGAUCUGUCGACACUUUCACGAGAUGGCCCAGAUGGAGGGAGCUUCUUCUCUUCACAGCGCCAAUGUCAGCCUACAGAUCUCACACAACAGCCUCUAUGAUCUUAUUAAUUCAACCUUCAGUCUGCCCACAGUUGAAGAGCAAGCACAGCCUUUUCUACCUCAGAUGUGAACUUUAAUCUCUCUUGCACCUCUAAUCAGGUCUGUUUCAACUACCUAUGGGACCACACUGUGCUCUAACCAAAAGCUUUUCUUAAAAGUAGUCAAACUGGCAACCUGUUGAAUGUGUUAUAGUUCAAUCAAAAAGACAAUAUUAUAUCAGAUAAUGUUCAUCUAUUGAUCAACUCUAACUGCACUGUUUUGUUUUCCUUAUCUCUGUUAGUCACAAACUUCAGUCAAAAAGCCGAGAUUUUUAAUCACUACACAAGAAGAAAUGAGCUAAUCCGACUGUUACAUUAUUUGCCUUAAAACAAACUUCUAUGAAAACUGUAAAUGUCAAAUCAUAUCUUAAUGAAAUGUCUGGUUCAAUUCAUUCAUGUAUGUAGUAAUGUUUUGAUCAAAUAUAUUAUGAGCUUGUGAAAUGCACAUCAAAGCUAAAUAAUGUGGACGUUUUUUUUUUGUUUUUCUAAUGCGUCAUGCAGGCAUUGACUGCGAUAUAUAUAUCUAUAUUUGUGGUGAAUUGUGUUUCUUCAUAAUUUGUUUGUUUUUUAUACUCUGCUGGUCAUUUUGCACUUUUCAUUCUAAAUAAACCUGAAUGGCAUUAUUUAGAUUUCCAAUAAACUGUUGAACCUUGAA